AACCUGCUCUCCGACAUUAAAAAGAAGGAGUCUGAGUUGAACAACGUAUCAAAAAAUGCUCAACUUUACCAGCAAGCCGUCAAGGACUAUGAGAACGAUACUGAGAAGUUCAAGUCUAUUCUGGACCUUGAAGACGGGCUGGUCCCUCAGACCUACAAGAGAAGCAGACUGGAGUCCCCUGCACUCAGGGUCAAGGAAGAGGAAUCUGCCAUUGAAGCUAAAUUCACCGAAGUGAAUGCAGUUAACAAGCAAAGGAUGGCGAAUCUGCAGUUUGCCCAAGGCCUUAUGAAUCAGCAAUCAGACGUGAUCGUCAGCAACAAUGUCCAGCAAGUCAAAUCUGCCGCUCCCGGACAAGAAGCCUGGAGGAUCGAGAGUCAACUGAAAGACGAGAUCCAGAGGAGGGAGCAGCUGGAGAAGGAUCUAGAGAAAAUCCAGACGGACAUCUACAUGUUGGAGGGUCAGAAGCCGGAGGACACCGUCGUCAAGAAGGAGAUCAUCAAGAAGGUUCCGGAUCCUACUCUGGUCGACGAGGUCCACAAUGUCCGUCAGAAACUGUCAGACGAAACCCGGGUCACCCGGGCCAUGGAAAACGAGCUGGAGGCGCUGAGGCUGAAGCUGCGCGGCAUCGAAACAGAGAUCAAAGAAGGAGCACAGCAGUACACUGUGAAGGAGGUGCUGCGUAUCGAGAGGGACCGCGGCCAGGAGGAGGAGGUGAGGAGGCUCAGGGAGGAGCUGGAAGAGCUGAGGAGGAAGAAGACCAUCAAGGACAAUGAGGUGAUCCAGAUCACCAAGCAGGUGACGCUCCUGGCACAGCAGAAGUCCAAGGAGCAGGAGGUGAUCACAGAGGAGGAGGUGAUUAAAGUGCAGAAUGACCCACAACUGGAGAACGAGUACCGCAUCCUCUUGGACAGGAAGCAGAAGGAGCAGGAGGCCAGGAAGCAACUGGAGGACGAGCUGCGCUUCCUCCAGGACAAGCUCCGCAGGCUGGAGAAGGAGAAGUCCAUGGCCGAGGAGAAAAUCUCCAUCAAGGAGGUGCUGAAGGUGGAGAAGGAUAUCGCCUUUGAGAGAGAGGUAGAGAAUCUCAGGAUGCAACACGAGGAUGAGAAGUCCAAGCACCGGUCUUCCCAAAGGGAGCGCGCCGACCUCCAGAGGAAGAUCUCCAGCCUAGAGGAGGAAAAGUCAAGGGUCAUAGUUCAGGAGAAGGUGAGGGAGAUCGUCAGGCCUGACCCCAAGGCUGAGGCUGAAGUGGCCAACCUACGCAUGGAACUGGUGGAGCACCAGAGGAGAUACAGAGACGCCGACCAGCAGCUGAAGUCCCACCAGGACGAGCUGAAGAUGCUGAGAAACAGAGGUCCGCAGAUCGAGAUCAAGGAGAUCAUCAAGGAAGUCAUCAAGUACAAGACGGACCCGCAGACCGAGAGGGAGCUGGAGAAACUCCGCAACGAGAUUGUGGACAAGACGCACCAGACGGAGAAGUCAGAGAUGGAGAUCAGGCAGCUGAGGGACGAGAUUCAGCGGUGGAAGGACACCAAGCCCCAGGUGCAAAUUAAAGAGGUGGUUAACGAGGUGCUGGAGUACAAAGAAAACCCCAAAACCAAGGAGGAGAUUGAGAUCCUGAAGAGGAAGCUGGCGGACGAGCAGAAGAAACGCCUGGACCUGGAGAGGGAGCGAUCAGCUAAUGAGGAGAAGAUCCGGCUAAGGAAGAUCGACCUGUCCCAGGUCAGGGAGAAGGUGGUCCAACAGGAGGUGGUUAAGAUUGAGGAGGACCCAUUACUGAGGUCAGAGUGCACCACCUUCACACAGAACAUCAACAAUGAACAGAGGCAGAGGGAGACCCUGAAAGAGGAGCUCUUCCAACUUCAGAGGCAGAAGGCCAACCUGGACGCACAGCUGGAGGAGCUGGAGCGAGAACGCCGAGCUAGGCGCGAUGCAGAGCUGGAGAUCCAGAGGCUGAGGGUCAGGCUGAACGAGAUGGAGGUCAGGGACAAGGAGAACAGGGAGAGGGUCACAGUGAAACAGAUGGUGGUUCUCCAGCAGGACCCCCAGCAAGAGAAAGAGCACUCCAUCCUCAAGCUGCAGGUGGAGGAGGAAAGACACAAGCGCACCCUGCUGGAAAAGGAGCUGAAUGUCCUGCUCCAGCAGCAGGUCACCCUGGAGAGGACAGUGGUGAAGGAGAAGGUGGUGCGCACCGAGACCAUCCAGGUAGAGAAGGACCCGGAGGCUGAGCUGGAGAUCGAGAAGAUGACGAGGACGCUGGAACAGGAGAAGAGGAGGAGGCUGGAGCUGGACCAGGAGCUGGGCAGCCUCAAGUCCCGCCUGUCCGACAUGGAGUUCACCAACACCAAGUCGUCCAAGGAGCUGGACUACAUCCGCGACGAGAGCAGCCGCCUCCAGCAGGAGAACCAGAGGCUACAGAAUGACAUCCGCAGGCUGCAGUCCGAGAUCCAGAUCACCUCCACGGAGACCCGGAGCAUCUCCAACUCGGCCCCCAUGGAGAGCGGGAAGAACCUAGAGCUGAGGCUGGACUCACUGCAGAGGGAGCUGGCCGACCUGAGGGCCAUCACCAGCCAGAAGGAUGAGGAGAUCGAGAAGCUACAGAGGAGCCUCUCGGCUAUCCAGAUCAAGAGGGAGCAGAGGGAGAGCCACCUGAGGAGAUCCAUUGUGGUCAUCGACCCCGACUCGGGUAAGGAGAUGAGGCCGGAGGAGGCCUACAAGCUGGGGCUGAUCGACUGGAAGAUGUUUGUGAACCUCCAGAGCCAGGAGUGCGACUGGGAGGAGAUCAGUGUCAAGGGCCCCAAGGGGGAGUCCUCUGUUCUCCACGACAGGAAGUCUGGGAAGAAGUUCUCCAUUGAAGACGCCCUGAAGGCUGGGAACAUCACCAACCGCCAGCUGCAGCAGUACCAUGACAAGGAGAUCACCAUCCAGGAGUUCGGCGUCAUGGUGUCAGGAAAGACCAAGUGAAAAAGAAACAUCUGAACAAAACUACUUUUCUAACAGUCUGUGUUUCUGACGACCAUGAGUUUGAAAUGUGUGCGGUUUCUUGAUUUUGGAUUUCACUAGUUUUUGAAUCUUCCAAAAUGUUUUAAUUCUGACGUACUUGAUCUAACAUUAAACAACAUGUUAGUUUUAUAUGUAUACUUCCUCCUCUCUCUCUCUCUCUCUCUCUCUCUCUACAUUGCACUGUUAUAUUUAUUUUCAAACGCAUAAUACACUAUAAAUACACAAACUGGUGUUCUGGUUUUAAAUGAGGGUUGGUAUGGCUGUGUUUAUAGCCAGUCAAAGGGUUGUAGAAGGGUUUUCUGUUUGUCCCUGGAAUACGCUUGUUCAACUACUUACACUGGGUACAGGGUUAGAGGUAGUACUUUAAAUAUCUUUGUUUUGAACGUGGGAUUGAAUUUACAUACACAAGGAUAUGAACGGAUAUUGGUAAUGUCUGUCUGUGGUAUGCUACUGUAAAACGGUCUCUCAGUUGUCCUGUUUUACAUGUCUUACAUAAGAAAUAAAACUGUUCAAUGGUAAAGGG